AUGUUUCACCACAGGAACAGGAUGAGGUCUAAAAACAGCGGGACAGAUAACCCACCCAACGGGGUACUGCAUCUCCCUACGGCAAGUCAUGACAUCACUCCAGAGGAAGAUAAGAAGACAAGUGAGAAGAGCAAGAAGGUUAAAAUACCACUAAAGAGUGACAAGGAGGGAACAGAUUCAGAGAUGGAACAGAAGUCAGAAUCUUCCGCAGACAAAAAUGAGGACAGAUCAGGACUGAAAGAUUUGUCCAAAGAUGACCUUCUUAAACUGCUGGGCAUUAUGGAGGGAGAACUUCAGGCUCGGGAGGAUGUGAUCCGACUUCUGAGGUCAGAGAGAGGUCAGAGAGAGGACCUGUUGUGUCGGUAUGGGUGGGCAGAGCCAACCAAAGCCUUGCAGGCACUGCACAGAGACAGCCUACUGAUAAACAAUCAACAAAAUAACAAGAGCGAUGACAACAACAACAAAUGCCCUGAUUAUGUUUACCACAAACCCAUGGCAGAGUUGGAGCGCUUACAGGUUAAGCACAAAGAAACAUACAGGCGGAUGCUGGAGCAGCUCCUGGUGGCUGAGAAAUGCCAUCGACGUACUGUAAACGAACUCGACACUGAGAAACGCAAGCAUGCAGAAUACAUGAAUAAGAGUGAUGACUUUACCAACCUCCUCGAACAGGAGAGAGAAAGGUUGAAAAGGUUACUGGAACAGGAGAAAGCCUACCAGGUGCGUAAAGAGAAAGAACACACCAUACGUUUGGAAAAAGUCAGAGGGGAGCUGGUGAAGCUGAAGUCCUUUGCACUCAUGCUGGUUGAUGAGCGGCAACUCCACCUGGAGCAGAUUGACCAGCAAAGCCAGAAGAUUCAGGAUCUCCUUCAGAAACUAAAGGAGAAGGAGCAGAAACUAAGUGAAGUGGAUGAGACAGCAAAGGAAGACAGACAAAAAGUUGCAAAACUUGAGGCUGAACUGGAGCACAAAACUGUUGGGUUUGCAAAGGAUCACGAGGAAAUGACUGCAAAACUAGCCAACCAGGAGGCCCAGAAUCGACAGCUUCGCCAGAAAUUGUCUGGGCUUACACGUAAAAUUGAAGAGUUGGAGGAAAGCAACAGGGCUCUGCAGAAAUCUGCUGAGGAACUGGAGGAACUAAGAGAUAACAUCAGGAAAGGGGAGUAUGGGAACUCAAACCUGAUGGCUGAACUGGAAAACUUGCGCAAAAAAGUCCUUGAGAUGGAAGGCAAGGAUGAGGAAAUCACCAAAACAGAGAUGCAAUGUAAUGAGCUCAGGAAAAAACUUGAAGAGGAGGAGAAGCAUAGCAAGGAUCUGAAGCAGGAAGUGGAGAGGCUGCAAAAGAGCAUGAGUGAGCUGGAGAAAUUGGAGACAGCCUUCAGUGAGGGCAGAACCGAAUGUUCCCAGCUACAGUGCACUUUAGAAAAAGAAAAAAGCCUGACAAAAGAACUUUCAGAUGAACUGGUGACUAUAAAAAUCCGCAUGAAAGAACUGGAGUCAUCUGAGUUGCGACUGGAAAAAGCUGAGCUGAGCCUCAAAGAUGACCUGAUGAAGUUGAAGUCUUUCACUGUAAUAAUGGCCAAUGAACGGAAGAGUAUGGUAGAGCGACUAAAAUCUGAGGAGAGGAAGAGAGAAGAGCUGAACAAACUGCUUAAAGCAGAGCAAGAGAAAGUGAUGGAGGUGACUGAGAGACUGAUUGAGGAGAGUAAAAGGCUUCUGAAACUGAAAUCAGAAAUGGAGGUUAAGAUAUCUACACUCACCAAAGAAAAGGAUGAGCUGAUGUCCAAGCUUUCGAAUGAGGAGGAGAAGAACAGAGAUCUUAGCUCAAAGUUGUGUUUGAUGAAGCAAAGAAUUGAUAAAUUGGAGGAGGCAGGGGUAGAGAUAUCUGGAAAGGCAAUGAAAAGGGAACUUGAGAGGCUUUCAGGUGGAUGUGGAAAAGAAAAAAAUAAAGUGAUGGAACUGACUUUGGAGAUUGAAAGGUUGAAGAAUCGUCUGAAGCAACUUGAAGUUGUGGAGGGAGACCUGAUCAAGACAGAAGAUGAGUAUGAUGUGUUGGAGAAGAAAUUCAAGUCUGAGCAGGAUAAAGCAAACACCCUCUCUCAGCAAGUUGAAGAAAUGAAGAAUCAGAUUGCCUUUAGCAAGGCCGUGGAAAGAGGAGAGGCUCUCAGCCAUGGGGCAGAGUUGCUUCAGCGAUGCAGAAUGGAAGAGGCCAAAACCCGAGACUUGCAAGCUGAUGUCAUAGCCCUAAAGGAGAAGAUUCAUGAACUUAUGAACAAAGAGGACCAGCUCUCUCAACUGCAGGUUGACUACUCACUCCUUCAGCAGAGGUUCCUGGAGGAGGAGGACAAGAAAAAAAGCAUGAGCCACGAGGUUCUCAACCUCACCAAAGAGCUGGAGGUCACCAAGCGUUACAGCCGAGCCUUUCGUCUGAGCAUGAAUGGCAGGAGAAUGGUGGACAUUCCUGUCACAUCGACUGCAGUUCAGACUGAUGCAAUCGCAAGUGAGACAUCUGAGGAUGACACUCCUGCUGUAUUUAUCAAGAAGUCAGUUCAAGAGGAAAACCACAUUAUGAACAACCUUCGGCAGAGGAGCCUCAAAAAGCCAGCAGAGAGAACAACUGUACGUGAUCUUUACUCUCCAUCUUCUAGUGAGCUCACUUUGAAGAAAUCUUGGAUUCCGUGGAUGAGGAAAAAAGAGAGUAAUACCCAGAGUUGCCCAGAAAAGUCUGUUCAGGUCAAUGGAGAGAGCUCACAGCUCAUCAUACCCCAAAAGCAAGGUCAGCCAGUCCACAUCAGAGUGACUCCUGAUCACCAGAACAUCAUGGCAAGUCCAGAAAUCAGCAGCCCUCAUGCUCAGGACUUCUUCUGUGGUACUUCAGUGAUGCCCACACAUGGUUUGCAAAGGCCACGGAUAACCAUCAUUCCAUCAACCACUGCUGUCUCUCCAAGGAAUAGAACCAGUGAACUGGGAGUUCCAGAAAGAGCUAAAUCACCAUCAGCUAUCACCACAAUCUCAAGGACAAAGAGCCCAGAAAUCACCAAGACAACCUCAAUGGACAGACCAACAUCACCUAUUUCCAUCACAUCAGUCAGCAGCACCACAUUGUCUGACAUAUCAAGCUCCCCCGAGCCACAAGAGAUGAUCACUGGCCGUGCAGUAUUCAAGGUUACUCCCGAGAAACGAACAGUACCUACACCCAUUAAAAAGGGCAACUCGGCAGCUAACAUUGUCACUACAGAAGACAAUAAGAUCCAUAUUCAUUUGGGCUCCACACAGUUCAAGAAGCACUGUGAGAAUAGUGGCUCCCAAGUCCCAGUUAGACCCAUAACUGCAGGGACAGAGGUUUCUACAGGUACUGUGCUACGCUCUCCAGGUCACAGCAGCAUCAGCAAAACCACAACGAGCAAAGUGACAAGCAGCAUCACCAUCACGCAGGUCUCCACCCUACCAGCCACACCAGCUCUAACUGCACAGCCUGUGCCAGAUGCUCAGUCAGCCCGAUCAGGGCUCAGUCGUAUUCCGAUGCCCAGAGGGAUGAAAAGUGGCAAGGCUGUGCUUGGGGCACUGGGAAUCACUACUGGGAUGAGGAUGGAAACACGAGCAGAAAGCCAGUCUAUGAGAAUUGAGCUGAAGAAGUCAACAGUCAGCACUACCUCAUUUCAGAGUGGAGGAAAAAGCUGA